GGCGGCACGGAAUCCAUGCCAGCAACUAACUCCAUCCUCGUAGAAAUUUACUUUUUCAGUGGGGGGCAAUCCUCCCUCCACUCCCUCUUGUGGGGGCGCCCCCCCCCCCCCCCCGCCGUGUGCAACGGUGCCGCUAUUGCAAAUUGUUUCAGCGUAUCUGUUAAAAAGCACAAAAAGAAGAAAGACAGGAAAGAUGUUGCGGAACUUCAGCAUACAGAAGAGUUUCUUAUCAAACCAGAGUCUAAAGCUGCUAAACUGGAUACAUCACAGUGGCCCCUUUUACUGAAGAAUUUUGACAAGCUUAAUGUAAGAACGGCUCACUACACUCCCCUCCCAAAUGGCUGCAACCCUCUAAAAAGGGACCUAGUGGAGUACAUCAGGUCGGGGUUCAUUAAUCUGGACAAACCUGCAAACCCCUCUUCUCAUGAGGUAGUAGCAUGGAUUCGUAGGAUUCUACGUGUAGAGAAGACUGGCCAUAGUGGCACCCUGGACCCCAAGGUUACAGGCUGCUUAAUAGUGUGUAUAGAUCGGGCAACUCGACUGGUGAAGUCACAGCAGAGUGCAGGCAAAGAGUACGUUGGAAUCGUUCGGCUGCACAGUGCAAUUGAAAAUGAGCUACAUCUUAGUAGGGCUUUGGAAACUCUGACAGGGGCUUUGUUCCAACGCCCCCCACUCAUCGCUGCUGUGAAAAGACAACUGCGAGUACGAACUAUAUAUGACAGUAAACUUGUUGAAUAUGAUCCUGAGCGUAGACUUGGUAUAUUUUGGGUGAGUUGUGAGGCGGGCACGUACAUCAGGACAUUAUGCGUUCACAUUGGCCUACUGCUUGGGGUUGGUGGACAGAUGCAAGAGCUUCGCAGAGUUCGUUCAGGGGUGUUGGGUGAGAAGGAUAACUUGGUCACCAUGCAUGAUGUUCUAGAUGCGCAGUGGCAGUACGAUCACAAUAAAGAUGAGAGUUACUUGAGACGUACUAUCCUGCCAUUGGAAAAGCUACUUAUAUCGCACAAAAGAAUAGUCAUGAAGGACAGUGCAGUAAAUGCUAUAUGCUAUGGAGCAAAGAUCAUGCUUCCUGGACUUCUAAGGUAUGAGGAUGGAAUAGAAAUCAAUCAGGAGAUUGUAGUCAUCACCACUAAAGGAGAGGCCAUCUGUAUUGCUAUUGCAUUAAUGACCACAGCAGUGAUAUCCACGUGUGACCAUGGUGUUGUGGCGAAGAUUAAGCGAGUGAUAAUGGAAAGGGAUACCUACCCACGGAAAUGGGGACUUGGGCCAAAGGCUUCUCUGAAAAAAAUAAUGAUUAAAAAAGGCCUUUUAGACAAGCAUGGACGACCCACUGAAAGUACACCUGCAAAAUGGUUGGAGGAGUAUAAAGAUUACAGUGGCAAGUUGCCUUCAGAAGUUGUAGAAGUUCCUGGCACUGCUGAAGCAGUCAAACCAGUAAAGAGGAAGCGGGAAAGUGAAACUGAAAGUGAUGAAGUUGCACCUUCACCCCCAGCAUCACCAAAAUCUGCAGAGCUGACCAAGAAAGAAAAGAAAAAAAAGAAGAAACUAAAAAAAAUGAGAGAAUCUGAGCAAGAAGUUGAAACCUCAGAAAAGCAAGAGGAGGUUGAAACAUCAGAAAAGGCGGCAGAAGUUGAAGAGACUUGUGAAAAGAAGAAGAAAAAGAAAAAAAAGAAGUUGAAGACUACAGAUUCAGAUUAAAUGGGACGCUAGCGUCAAAGCCGAAUCAUAAUUUAACCAUCUUGGACAAAGGGAUGACUAUACCAUAAGUGAAAUGAUAGACUUGUUGUGCCAGUCAGUCAUGGGCUUGUGGUGAACAGUUGCUCUUGCAAGAUGGAUUCUCCAUUCCUGCUGCAUUGAUGGCAGCUUUUAAAGACUACCCUGUUUAAAGGGUGCUGUAUAUUUUUGUUGCAUCUUUCAGCUGUGAUUAUGCUGUAAAAUAUGAAACUGCAGAAGUUUUUAUCAAAAAAUAUAAAGCUCAGAAAAGUAUCCUUUUCUGUGAGUGAAUGCA